AUGGGAACAGGGCUGCGCAGCCAGUCCUUGCGAGGACCGCGGCAUUCCUAUGGGAAGCUGCAGGAGUCCUGGGGAAGGCCGGUGGAGGGCCGGCUCCGCCGGGCGCUGAGCCUCAGGCAGGGGCGUGAGAAGUCCUGGUCCCAAGGCCUUGAUGGAGGAACAGAAGGGCUGAAAGUCCCUAGUCAGAAGGGGCAGCCCGAGCGGAGUGUGGGGGACACGGAGCAGCUGAUCCAAACCCCGCCCAGAGGCAGCCGGUGGUGGCUGAGGCAAUGCCGGCAGCAGGUGAGGAGAAAGUGGGACAGCUUCGUCACCAGCUUCCCCAGCGUGACCCUGAGUCGGCCAGCCUCCCCGAAGCCCCCACGGGACAGCAGCUAGAGGUGCUGGAAAUAUGGUGGCCCUUGCUGCGCCCCAGGGACCAGCCUCUUCACGGCUCCUGUGGACUGUGUGCUCCAGCCUUCCUCACGUGGCCGGAGAAGGCCUCUGUCACCAGCCCACCAGAGCCCCGUGUUGCUGCCUGCCUUGACUCUGUCCUUCCCGCCCCAAGCCCGGCUCUCAGCAGAGACCCCUGGGCUGAGCAGAAGGUGCUCGGUUCUGCCCUUGGACUAGGAAGCCCGUGAAGGUCUCAGGAAUCUGCUCGGAAGUGGCAGCUUCAGUGUCCCCAGCCCCACACAAGGCCUGUCAUCCACUUCAAGACAGAGCUUGGUGAAGCCAGGGCUCAGGGGUCCCUCACAGACGUGGAGCCCUGGAGUGCAAGAACCGCUCUGGAUGGUCCUCAGUGUUGGGCACUCUGAGAGGCCCAUGCCCAUG